AUGGCAGUGAGCCAGGCUCUCCGGCUGCUGCUCACCUGUAUGAUGCUAGCUGGGAGCACCGCCGUCAGGAUCAAGGGCGACGGACAGAAGGUCCUGUACCUGCCCAAAGGGGAGUCCGUCAACUUGGGGUGCCCCUUUGCUUCGGACCCGGAAGACAACACUCCGGACAACGACUGGGACAUCGAAUGGAAGCGGACGGUGCCCGGCCAGCAUCCACAGGACAACCCGCUCCUGGGCUACCACGACCACCAGGUCAUUUACCCCGGGUCGCCUGAUCUCCAGCAGCGGGUGGGCUUCACUUCGGCCGACCCCAGCCUGUACGACGCCUCCAUGCAACUCCGGGACGUACAGGUCACCGACUCGGCCACGUACGAAUGCACGGUGAAGAAAACCACAGAAGCCAAACACAAAGUAACGAUCACGGUGCAAGAAAGGCCGGCAGUGCCCCAGUGCACGAUCAUCGGAGACAUAGCCUACGGACAGGACAUCACGCUGCGCUGUUUCACCUCCGUCGGCUCCCCGCCCCUCAGCUACCGCUGGUCCAUGAUGCACGGCGAGCAGUUCCGGGACUGGCUGCCCCCGGGAGGGUCGGCAGGUUCCGUCCCGGGAGACCUGCACAUCUACGACCUGUGCGAAGACCACGUGGGCACCUACCAGUGUGCCGUCGGCAACAACGUGGGCGUCUCGUACUGCACCGUGGACGUGUACCUCGGCGGAGGGGUCAGCUACGGCUGGAUCAUCGGCGGGUCGGUCGUGAUCGCCCUCCUCGCCACGGCGCUGAUCGUCGGCGGAGUGAUCUGGUGCUGCCUGUGCUGCUGUGGGAGGGCCUACUGCUCGGGGUGCUGUGGGGCCGGGCAGUGCCCGGGAUGCUACUGCGGGAAGGACCACUGCUGGGACUGCUGCUGCUCCUGCUGCGAGCAGAGGCCAAAACAGGAAUGCAUCGAGGUCAAGCCCAGCGAGAUCUGCGUGGACGCCGAAGCUCCCCCGAGCCGGCCGUGCAGCCAGGCCUACAGCCGGGCGAGCAGUCUUCACUCCUUACUGGGAUACCAGACACGGAGUGCCCAGUACACGCAAGGCCGCAAGACGGCACCCGCCAUCGUCCAGGUCAAGAUGACGCCCCCCCCUGACAGCGGCACGGACGUUGCGAUCUCCCCCGAGUUCCCCUCUCCGCCCAGCUCGGAGAGCGGCGAAGUUUCCGAGCCUUAUUACGGCGCGAAGGGGAGAGGGCUGUACUCCCCCUCCAGCUCCGAGGCCAGAUACGUCAAGGGCGAGGACCACGAGGGCUUGUCCGCCCGUCCUCAGGUCUUCCCCGAAUCGCCCGGUUACACCACGCCGACGGCGGAGCUGAGCGACAUGCAGUGGAAGGGCGGGAACGGCAGGCAUUACAAGGGCGGCGUGGUCAUGAUGCGGUCGUCCAGCAAGGAGGGGCUCCUGAUAUGA